AUGCAGUUCUCUACGCUCGCCCUUUCUGCCCUUCUGGGUCUGGUCUCUGCCCAGCAGACGUCCGUCACGGUUGUUGAGGUCUCCGCCAAGAACAACUCCCUUACUUACUCGCCCGACAACAUCAAGGUCGCCGCCGGCUCCAUGGUCCAGUUCCAAUUCCUCGCGGGCAACCACACCGUCACGCAGUCCACGUUCGACCAGCCGUGCCAGCCCAUCGCGUCCUUCAGCAACGUCACCGGCUUCCACUCGGGCUUCGUCCCCGUCGCCGCCAGCGCCAACACGGGCAACAUCCCGACCUACACCAUCAUGGUCAACGACACCAAGCCCAUCUGGAUCUACUGUGGCCAGGCCAAGCACUGCGAGGGCGGCAUGAGCAUGGUCAUCAACGAGAACACUGCCGACUCGACCAAAUCGCUCGCGGUGUACCGCACGAAUGCCAUGAAGGCCACAACGGUCGUUCCUGGAGGCGCCAACAGCGGCAGCUCCGGCACCACGUCGUCCUCGGGCACGUCCUCCAGCGGCGUCACCACCAGCGCCGCCAACCUGGUCUCUGUUCCCCAGUUCGCCGCCGGCCUCGUCGCCGUUGCCGGCACCUUCUUCCUGCUGUAA